UUGAAAAAUCAAACCCCUCACUCCCAUAGCUUUUUCUCUCUGCUUCUGUUGUCCCUGUGCCUUUUUAGGUUUGACAAGAGAGGGGUUUGGGAGUAACAAUGGCCAUGGCGAAGUUUGUUGCUGCCUUGCUCUUGGCCCUCAUUGCCAUUUCCAUGCUUCAAACCAUGGUUUUGGCAUCUCAUGGGCAUGGAGGUCAUCACCAUGACAACAACAAUUAUGGACCAGGGAGUCUCAAGAGCAACCAAUGCCCAUCGCAAUGCUCGAGGAGGUGCAGCCAGACCCAAUACCACAAGCCAUGCAUGUUCUUCUGUCAGAAGUGCUGCAAAAAGUGCCUGUGCGUUCCUCCGGGGUAUUAUGGGAACAAAGCCGUGUGCCCUUGCUACAACAACUGGAAGACCAAGGAAGGAGGCCCCAAGUGCCCUUGAAAUAGAGAGACUACCCUAUAUUAUUCCUAUUCCCCCAAUAUUACUGCAUUACUACUACUAACUAUUAUAUGGGCCUGUUUUGCUGAUGCUGGGUUGAGGAUUUAAAUUUACUGUUGCCAACCAGUCACUCCUUAGGGGUUUUACCUACAUGAGAGCGGCCAAUCUAUAUAUAUUUUGUAUGUGAAAUCUCUGGUUUCACUAAUUGAGUAAUAUAUUUGCACUCCUUUUCGUUAA